GUCUGGCUACAGGUCAUGAUCUUUCCCAUAGUCUACAACUGGGUGAUCAUCAUUAUGAGGACAUGCUUUACUACGAUUGCACUGAGCUACCUGCCUGUGUGGCUCACACUGGACUAUCUGGCAGACUUCAUGUAUAUGAUUGACAUGAUCAUCACUGUCCACACAGGUUACUUGAAUCAAGGCAUCCUUAUCAAGGAUCUAGCGCAGCUGAAGAAGCGCUACCUGCGCUCUAAAUGUUUUUUCAGGGACCUGGUGUCCUUGCUGCCCACCGACGUCCUCUACUUUGUCUUUGGCAUCCAAACUCCGCUGGUGAGGAUCAACCGCCUUCUGCGUAUGCCACGACUCGACGAGGCCCUGGAUCGCAUGGAGACAAGAACCUCCUACCCCAACACCUUCCGCAUCACCAAGCUCAUGAUCUACAUCUUUGUGUUGAUCCACUGGAACGCCUGUCUCUACUUUGCCCUGUCCAACUACAUCGGCUUCGGAAGUGAUCGUUGGGUCUACCCCAACAUCACCAACCCGGAGUUUGCCUCCAUGCGGCGUCAGUACUUUUACUGUUUCUGGUUCUCUGCCCAGAUUUUCACCACAGUGGGAGACACCCCCCUGCCGAAAAAGGAAGAGGAGUACUUGUUCAUGAUCGCAGACCUGCUCAUUGCUGUGCUGGUGUUUGCAUCGAUUGUUGGUAAUGUUGGAAAUGUCAUCACCAGCCUAAGGGACCGUGAUAAUGUCUUCUUCCCUAACCACGAGCUGGUUAGGGCUUACCUGCGCAGCCAUCACAUUAGCAAGGAGCUUCGACAGCGUAUCGACAACUGGUACCAGCAUCUUCACAUCAACAAGAAGAUCAUGCGAGAGAAAGAAAUCCUGCAGCAGCUGCCCGUACACCUGAGGACCGAGAUCGCUGUCAGCGUUCACCUCACCACACUCUCCAAAGUCACCAUCUUCCAGAGCUGUGAGAAAAGUCUGCUGGAGGAGCUGGUGCUUAAACUAACACCUCAGGUGUUCAGUCCGGGAGAGUACGUCUGCAGGAAAGGAGAUGUGGGCCAUGAAAUGUACAUCAUCAAAGAGGGAAAACUUGCAGUUGUAGCAGAUGACGGGGUCACAGAGUUUGCUGUGCUGAGUGAAUCGAAUUUCUUUGGGGAAAUUAGUAUCCUGAACAUCAAAGGUAACAAGUCAGGCAAUCGUCGCACUGCCAACAUCCGAAGCAUUGGUUACUCUGACCUGUUCAGUUUGUCCAAAGAAGACCUGACAGACGUGCUUUCCGAGUUCCCUGCAGCCAAACGUCACCUGGAGGAGAAAGGCAGACAGAUCCUCACAAAGAUGGGCAUGUUGGAGGAGAGUGGGCAGGAAAAUGGAGGAGAGCCAGAUACAUUUGAAACCAAGAUAAACAGGCUGGAGAGCAACUUGGAAAUCCUGCAAACCAAACUAGCUCGACUUAUGGCGGAAUUAGAGUCGAGCAACCGCAAGAUGCAGGCCAGGGUGGAGCAGCUGGAUUGGGAGGUGGCAGCACUGGAGACUCAACUUCCAGAAGAUGGGGAAGAAGGAGAAAGAGCACAGGGAAGAGGGGAAGGGGUGGGAGGGGAAGUUGGAUGGGAGCGAGAAGAGGCAGAGGGAGAGGAAGAGCAGGGUUCAGAUGCAAAGAUGGCAGCAUUGUAUUCCCCACUGUAG